AUGAACGAAGUAGCGAAAGUUCUAUUUCUCGAAAAUUGCGGUAUAUAUGCACUUGAGAAUUCCAUUGCCACAAACAAUUCAGCAUCACGCGUUGUCACUAUACGUGAUCUUGAAGAGCAUUUCGAAUCAAGUUGCCCUACUUUUCUCGCUUUAGUCAAUGCCACUUAUGCAAGCCUUGAAAGUUUUUUGAAAAAAGAUGCCAAACAAAUUGUACGUGCUGGUCUCAUUCAGAACUGGCGUGAUUGGAUUUUUGAAGUGAUGGAUUAUGAACGUUACGAACGCGAUCGUCGUCAAGAGUAUGGUAUAUUUUCUCCUCUCAACCGCUUAUGCUCACACGAUACGUUGCUAUUUGUACUUGUUCAUCGAAAAGCUCUUGGGAAAUACACAGGACAGCGUAUCAAAGACAAGAAAGCAGAGAAAAAGGUGCGUUUACAACAAGAACGCUUGGAGCGACACAGUGAACAACAAGUGGCAGAUCAGAUAGCAACGGAACAGGAGAAAAAGGAGCUAGCAAAAUUGGAGAAUCACCGGCAACAGCAAGCGACUCAAAAAUCAACAGUGUCUUUGAACGACCAAAUUAUUCAAUUGUAUCAUACUAAAAAGAUGACACAGCAGUUUUGGGCAAACUCAAAGUCUUUAAUAUUAAGGAUUCAGAAAAUGAUCAAUAAUGCUUUUCGCGGCAGAAAUUAUCAAGUAAUGUUAUUUGGUUCCACUGCUAAUCAAUUGUGCCUAAAAGAUGCAGAUCUUGAUCUUUGUAUUCGUAUACCAGACGACCAAUUUGAAUAUGACCAGUGCCAAAAUAAGUACAAGAGUCUUUAUGGACCAAGAUCUGUAUACAAUAUGAAUUAUAUAGCCACAUUGUUUCGCGCUAUGGGAAUGCAAGAUGUCGAAGCCAUUGUAAACGCUAAGGUACCUAUUUGUAAGUUUGUUGAUCCAGUAACAGGCAUCAGGUGUGAUAUCAAUACGCAUAAUGUGCUCGGUUUAGAAAACACAAAAUUAAUUGGGCAAUAUAUCGAUAUGGAUAAACGUGUUCGACCUCUAUUGAUGGUGAUUAAGUAUUUUGUGAAGCAAAAGAAUUUAAAUAGCUCUGUUGGUGGCACACUAAGUAGUUAUGCUUAUGUCAUCAUGCUGAUUCACUUCUUGAUCGUAGGUUUAGAAAAUCCUGUUUUGCCUUGCUUACAAGACCUUAACAGUCUUCAAUGUUCCUCCUCACAAUGUAAAUCCAAGCGCAAUGCACGCUCUUUCUAUGGCAACACUAUUUGGCAGGACAAUCAACUUUGCGACCUGCGAUACCAUGACUGCGUGCGCAUUCAAAAUACGCCAAGUUACGACGAGCCUAACUCCCCUAUCGGCGAAAACAGAAUUGCCACGCUAUGGUACGGUUCAAACAGAGACUCCAUAGCAGAACUUCUCCAUAAAUUCUUCCAUUAUUACUCAGAUCCUCGUAACUAUGUCGUAUCUAUUAUACAAGCCAACGGUGGACUUGUCGGCGCCAGUGAAGAUGAUCGUAUAUUUCGAAAGCAUCAUUUUGUGAUACAAGAUCCUUUCCUAAGGAAAAAGAAUUUGGCUAGGACCUGUACGGAAGUAGGAUCAAGAGCCAUAUUGAAAGAAUUUCAGAGGGCGGCUAAAUUGACAGCACCUCACUUACCCUCUUAUAAUACCCAACUGGCUAACUUAUGUGAUCCAUCCAAUAUUCUAGCCAGGCCUUUGGAUAAGCUUUGUAUGGAAUACCGAAUGAAAAAUACGAAACAUGGAAGUUCAGCCGAAAAGCGAGGUGGUGAAUUUUUGGAUAUACAACAGACACUAUUAACAGCACAGCAAGAACAGCUUCAUGAGGAAGAAGAUAGUCGGCCACAGCAAGAUCAAGUCAUAGGGAUUUUUGAGGAGAUAACACAGGAUGAUUUUGAACAGCAGCUAUCUGGAAUGGCUCACAUGACGCCCGCUGAUGCUACCCCGACAGCAACACCAUCAUUAGAUACUAUGGCUGAUACACCUGAUACCCUGCCACAGCAACCGACUGAAUUGACAAUGUCGCCACCUUUAACCGUAAAAAUGCAAACGGAAGAGCAAACAGCUGGAAAGGAGAUUAAAAUGAAAGAAAUACAGGACUCUACAGCAGCACAGUCCGACAAACGUAUCCAUGAGGUAGAUCCUUUCACAUCAACGACAGUGAAAGGAACGAUGAAUGAUGAACCUAUCAUUAAGCUAGUGAAAUAUCUCCUUCAUUAUUAUACACCAUAUGAAAAAUCAGUGUCUACAGAGGAUAAACAACAGCUCCAACAGCUAUUUUCUUCGAGAAAAUUUGUACAAAGAAUGCUAAAAAGACCCGCUGUUGAGAUGGAUAAGUUAAUUUGCGAACCUUCAUUUGAAGACGUUCCGCCAAAGCAAAUCUCCUUCUUGAUAGCGCAGCUAAGGUAUUACAUCGAUUCUUACGUCACGGCGGUAGUGGAGAAUGACGACACUUUCAGGAGUACAGGAUAUGCUCUGGUAGGGAAGCAAGUCGUUAAGAAGGAAUAUAGUGAGUCACGGAAACAACACGAUAAGAAUAGUUGUGAGAUAGCGUUGUUUGGUAUGAAAAUCCAUGAUUCUGACAUUGAUUAUGUGUCUUCCGACUAUGACUCGGAUGACGGAUUUGACGAUUAUGGCCCUUGUCAAGAAGGAGAGGAAGAGCAAAUAGUGCCCAAGCAUAAAAUAGUAAAUGCAAGCGAAGAAUCCCAAGUUCACAAGUAUACUCGGGAAAAAAUGAAGUUGACAGCGGCACCUAACGGCUUCAAAAAAGAAUACACCUCAAGCAUGACAAAAAGGUAUACGGAUGACAGUAAGAUAGAUCUUCAUUUCCUCGUCAGUAAGGUGCCUAAAGAAGACGAUAGCUAUGAACUUUUUCAAGAGUUCAGUUGGUAUGGUCAGGUUUAUGAAUGUAGACUUGCUGAAACACUUGAAGACAACAACAAUGACACGAGCUACAGUGACCACUAUAAUACUUGGCAUGUGCACAUCAAGUCUUUAUUCGGCCUAUAUACUUCUGGAGUGUUUUUCAAUAUAAAGCUAAAUAAGUAUUUAGAAAAAGAUCAUGACGAGUAUCAAGUAUCGUUACCUUCGCUAGUCCCUUUCUAA